CCACAACACACAACCUACUUUUGACAGUAGAUGUCAGUUUUAAGUACGAUUCAAGCAUGUGUUCGUGAUUUGGGGAUGAUUGAAAAGCUUUCUGAUGUUUUUAGAAUAAACUCAUAGGAGCUCUACCACCUCCAUAGGGCGGUGCACAGUUUAUAAUAUUCUGACAGGUUCCGUAACUUGUGGGGACGUACACCGUAUCAAGAUGUCGGAGCCCAAACUACUUGUUACGUCUCAGUUUAAUUUUUGAAACAUUGGCCGUUUUAGAUCGCCAUGACACUGUUUGAGAGUAAAUUCGCGUGCAUAUGAAUUUUACAUUCAUCACUGCGUUGGUUCCAUCUCCCUAAGUGCACUGAAAGGUUAAUCCUUUUCUCAGAAUGACUAGUUACGUCAACCGCAGUAGCCAUCGCAAGUCCGAUGAUGCGAUGGAUGAUGAUACUGAUGACAAAGACGAUACUAAGCGGAAAUCUCGCAAUCUCAGCGAGAAAAAGCGCAGAGAUCAGUUUAACAUGCUUAUUAACGAACUCAGCUCCAUGGUUUCCACUAACAAUCGUAAAAUGGACAAGUCAACUGUUCUGAAAUCAACAAUAUCGUUUUUGAAGAAUCACAAUGAGAUAUCUGUAAGAUCUAGAGCCCAUGAAAUACAAGAGGAUUGGAAGCCUUCCUUUCUGUCUAAUGAAGAAUUCACACAUCUUGUGUUGGAGGCUGUAGAUGGUUUUAUUCUUGUAUUUUCUGCUACUGGGAAAAUAUUUUAUGCAUCUGAAAGUAUAACUUCCCUACUUGGUCACUGUCCAAAUGACCUUUUGAACACAUCUUUAUAUGAUAUAGUGUAUGAAGAGGACCAAACAGACCUCUAUAAUCUUAUGCUCCAACCUAAUGUUUCUGUAGAUCCAGUAAAUUAUGACAGCAGCAAAGAAAAUCAACUUUCAUUCGCCUGUCAUGUAAGGAGAGGUGGCCUGGAUUGCCGAGGAGAAGUAAUUUAUGAAUUAGUACAAUUUGUUGGAUAUUUUCGAUCUGACAUUGAUAGUCAUGAAACAGACAACCUCAACUCUUUAUGUAUGAGUGGAUUUUCCAAUGAUACAGACACUAGAUUAAUUUUUGUUGGCACUGGACGGUUACACCAGCCCCAGCUCAUUCGUGAAAUGGCUCUAGUAGACUCGGUUAAAAGUGAAUUCACAUCAAGACAUAGUCUUGAAUGGAAGUUUCUAUUUCUAGAUCACAGAGCACCCCCAAUUAUUGGGUACCUACCUUUUGAAGUGCUUGGCACAUCUGGCUAUGAUUACUACCAUGUUGAUGAUUUAGACAAGGUUGUUACCUGUCAUGAAGCAUUAAUGCAAAAGGGUGAGGGCACUUCGUGUUACUACCGCUUUUUAACAAAAGGCCAGCAAUGGAUUUGGCUACAGACAAGAUUCUACAUAACGUACCAUCAGUGGAACUCAAAACCUGAGUUUAUUGUGUGUACCCACAGAGUUGUCAAUUACAUUACUGCAAUGCGCCAGUCCAGGGGGGAAACGGAUCCUGCUGGGGACCACAAUGGUAGUCAAGAUGACAAUGAAAAUAUGCCUCUUGAUUCUGACCAUAAGCUUCAAACUGUUGCUGCAUCAUCACCUUGGUCCUCUAAAUCAUCAGUUGGGAAAGCCUCACGGUUGGCCUUGACUAAUGUCAGCUCUCCGGCUCCAUCUGGUUCAAUUGUAUCAACUGGAGCGAGAGGACGAGGCCAAAUGUCGUUCCAUGGCACUGGGCCUGACUCUGACUCAAACUCCAUGUCAACCGAUUCCGUCACAUCAAGACAGUCACAUCCUAGGGCCAACUCCCAUGGAGCCUCCAUGCGUGGACAGAACAGUCAGCGCUAUCAUUCUGUCUCUCAACCAAGCACUUCUUCUGGAAUCCAACACUCGGCUGAGCCGCCAGCCAAACUUCUGUGCAGUCAAUUACCUUCAGCGCCCAGUGUGGCGGUCCAAGCAAUGCCAAGCAUGCAAGCUGUGCCGAACAUUCCGCCUGCAGAGCCUCCUCCGCAGGCACCUCAUCCCCAGCAGUUCAUGGCAGCCAUUCCCGUUCAGCCUGUGAUAGCCGGAGGCUUCAGCGCCCCUGCGGCUACUGUGUCUACUUCGGCUGAGUUGCUAUCUCAGCCAGUAAUGAUGAGCCCAGCGCAGACACAGUACCAAGAGCAACUUCAGAGGAAGCAUGAAGAACUUCAGCAAAUGAUAUUGCAACAGCAGCAGGAACUGCGUCUAGUGUCUGACCAACUUCUGAUGGCUCGUUAUGGAAUUCUUCCAGCAUCCCUGCUCAAUGUGUCGCUUCCCUACACAGUGGCAAGCAAUGCUGUGGGGUCCACUGUAACUCAAGCUCUGGCUCCAACUUCAAUACCCAUUCCAGUGCCUGCAUCUUCAGAACUUUUUGUAACUCCACAUCACCACUCUCUCGUUCAUUCGCCUCUUGCUGUUGCUCCUCCUGUGGUUGUGGACCCUCAACAGAUUAACCUUCAAACCGGAACUGAGGAUAUGGUUCCUUUCCAACUAUCUCAACAACAGGCCCAGUUGUUGUUAGCAUCCAAUUUUAACCCCAACACUACAAAUCAACAUCGUCAAUAAAUUUAUUUGUAUUUCAUGUGUUGGGAGUAUUGAGUGCAGACCUCCGAAAUUCAAAUGUGUUAAACAAGAACCAAUGAGGCCUAUAUAUCUAGAAAUUCCAUUUUACUUCAGUAUUGAAAUGUGUGAGUGGUCGAGUGUGAAAGUAUCCAAAGCUGUGCGUGUGCUUGUGAAAUAUUAAUUAACUUACGAACCUAAAUACCAUACUGGUUUUAAACUUUAAAAAAUAAUAAAUAUUUUGGGAUUAUGUAACCUACAUAUACAGUAUAUUUAUAUUUUUAGGGAAAGAUUUUAAACAGUUGCCUGUGGUUUAUUUUGUGAUUUAAAAAAAAGCCAGUCAUCAUUUAGUUAAACAUGACUUUAUGUACCUUGAUGGUUCCUGUUUUGACGGAUCUAGUUCAUAUUAUGUUUAUUUGACGGUUUUGUGAAUUGCUCAGGGCGUGUGAUUGGUGUGAUCAGUCUGUGAGUGUGUCCUUCUAGUGAUUGAUUAUAAGGAAUGAUUCUUUUUUUCUUGCCCUUGCCAUUCUUCUGUUAUAGUAACCAAACUAAUUUCAACAAAUACAUUGAGUAAUUUUAUACAUUGACACAGGAUUUUGUCCUCCAGUAAGUGUUUAAGUGAAACCGUUCUUUUCUUUUUGUAUGUUCUUUCAUACACAUUUUUUCCCCUGUUUUCUUUUACAUGUUCAUUAAGUUUCCUUUUGUGUAUGUCAAUACAAAGGUGAAGGUUAUGAGUAUUGCCUGGAACUGGGUGUAAUUUAGUCAUUCAAUUCACAUUUAUUUCCUUUACCAAUUGGCAUGUGUGAAGUCCAAACAUAAAUUCACAUUCAAGUUACCCUAACAGCUAUUCUCGUAAUGCUCGUAUUUUUCUGUCUUUGUCAGCAGAGGGCUAUUUUUUUGUCAAGAACAUACUCUCCUGUGGUAAGACAUUCCUUCCAUCUCUCACCAUUUUAAAUGUUAUUAUUACAUUUUGUCAAUGGCGACACUUAUUUUAUUUACCCUAUCAAUGUAACCUGUGCCAAAAUACAUCAAUAUAAGUUAGGAUUCAAGCAAAAUGUGUCAACCUUUUGUGUUGUGGAGAUAAGAAUCUACAUAUUUUUGAAAGUUACCUGAAGUAUGAUGUUAGGGUAAGUGGGGUGUUUAGGGAUAGCAUUUAUUUUAAUGAUAGUGGUGUUUGAAAUCAUAUAUGGUAUGCUAAACAUGUACAGUGAGCAGCCGAUUACAACUGAGUGUGUUUCUGGCAUUCGUGGACCAAGUCAACCUUUUAAACCAGUAAUUUUUUAUUUAAAUUCUGUAUGCUUGAUUUAGGGAAUUGACAGAAACACAGUGUGCUGUGUUAAAUUUUAUUUAUUUAUCAUAAUUUAGCUAAAGAGACAAGUUGUUAUGGUAAAGCUUUGUCUGUGUGCCAUCAUGUUUUAGGUGAAAUUGGUGAUGACAACAGUAAUAAUUGUAUCAAUUAUUCUCUUGUUAUUCUAUUCAUUUAGCCAUGUUAAUAAUUGCCGUAGAGUACAAAAUUUGAAAGUCAGAUCAUGUAAGUACAGUUUAGAAUCAAUGGUACCAUAAUAGUACAAAAGAUGUGAGGAUUUCCUCAGGUAAAUGUGUGCUGUACAUAUUAUAAUAAUCAAGAUUUUUUUCUACCAUUUAUAAGAUAAUUUUUUUAAUGUUUGUGCAACAUAGCAGAUAUACAUUCCUAUCUUCUAUUCUUCUAUUAUGUGUUUUUGAGAAUGAUGGCCAGUGAUGCUUCAUGUCUUUCUCAUCCUCGGUCGCAGCUAUUUUGUGUUGAAUUGCAUGCAUUUUGUUCAUAUUGAUGCCUCUGUAGAAUCUACCUUGAUCUCACUUGUUGUGUGUUGAUUUUUUACAGAGGUGUUUUUCUGAAGGCAUUAUUUUUGCUGUAAUCAAAGCAAAGUUUUAGGUAUACAAUCGCUUUUUGGGUUUUAGUGGGACAUGUAAUUUUACUGCCAUAUUAGGUACUAUUGCUAAUACUUUAUUUUCUACCUUUCUUAGCGCUCUGUCCACUUUGUCAAUCUUGCUGUUCAACACCUUUUGCUUUCAUUAUUGUUAUCCAUAACCGGGCAUUAAUUGGUUUGCAGGUUUAAAAAAAGUUUAUAAGGCUUUGGGCAUGUUAAAAUUUUCUUGAAAAUAUAUUUCUAGCAAUGUUACACAACUUUACCUGAAUUGUAUAGAUGUCUUUGAAGCACAAAAAUAAGGAGCUAUUAUGUCAUUAAUUUGUUAAAGUGUUGCAAUGUAAUAGACCAAAUAGUUAUAUUUCAGUCCUGAACAUGACUACCACAUUUUAGUGGAUGUGUACAGUUAUGCAUGUUCUAAUUAAGUCAGCAGAGUUCAUGUGCCUCAAAUGUGUGCUUGUUCUGCUGUAGGUGAUAGAUUAUAUUUUCUGCAUUCAGGGGAUGAACUUUUUAUUUUAAAUCAUGCAUGAAGAAACUUGUUCCUCCCAGGUAUUUAGUACAGAAUUUUCUUGUUUUUGUUUUGUUUUGAAAAUUUUCAUAAAAUAAAAAUAUAACAUUCAAGUUUUAUGCUGCCUACUA